AUGGCGUCCAAGACACAGUUCCUACGGGAGUACAAGUUGGUGGUCGUCGGAGGAGGUGGCGUCGGUAAAUCUUGCUUGACCAUCCAGCUCAUCCAAAGCCACUUCGUCGACGAGUAUGACCCGACCAUCGAGGAUUCGUACCGCAAGCAGUGCAUGAUUGACGAUGAGGUCGCCCUUCUCGAUGUCCUCGAUACCGCUGGUCAGGAGGAGUACUCGGCAAUGCGAGAGCAGUACAUGAGAACCGGCGAGGGUUUCCUGCUUGUCUACUCCAUCACCAGCCGCCAAAGCUUCGACGAGAUCACCACAUUCCAGCAACAAAUCCUGCGCGUCAAGGAUAAGGACUACUUCCCCAUGGUCGUUGUCGGCAACAAGUGCGAUUUGGAGAACGAGCGCGAGGUCACAAGACAAGAGGGCGAGGCGCUCGCAAAGUCGUUCGGCUGCAAGUUCAUUGAGACCUCUGCCAAGUCUCGCAUCAACGUCGACAAGGCCUUCUACGAUAUUGUCCGAGAAAUCCGUCGUUACAACCGCGAGAUGCAGGGCUACUCCACCGGCAGCGGUGGCAACGGCGGCGGCAACGGCCCCGCAGGCAAGCUCGAGAUGAACGACGGCGAACAAGAAGCCGGCUGCUGCUCCAAGUGUAUCAUCAUGCGUCGGCCGAGAGGGCUAGACGUCGCAGGAUACCCCAAGCUCACGCAGAACGAAAAAGGAGCCAGGGCUGCCGCGCCGGGAUUUGAGUUCGGAUUUCAGCAUGCAGGGGAGACGCAGUAUAUGGACAGCGCCAGCCCUGGCUUCCCUGGAGAUACCUACCCCCGCGGAAGGGAUGAGUUGCAUUGA